GUGCGGCACCGGAGACGUUUCGCCUGUGCGGGCUGUUCGCCACGACGCGCUCCCUGGGCGACGCUGCAGGGGCCGCCAAGUACCAGAAGUUGGUGGGUGCCAAGCGCUCGGAGCAGAUGGUCGAGCCCCCGCUGCAGCAGCGGGUGGGGAAGGCUUUCACGGAGCUACGGGCGUUGGGGGGCAAGCUCAGCAAAACAGUAUCCUACGAUGAACGUUUUCAGAGGGACCUGGAUGCCCAGCGCCAGGUUGUCCAGUCUCUCACGGAUGAUCCUUCUCAAGUGGAAGGUCGACACAAAGAGUUGGUGCAGAAGUUGGCCAUGCGGGUGGGUGGGGCUCACGCUUUAUCACAGCUUUCUUCUGAGCAGCAGGCCGCCUCAGUGUCGAUCUCCAUCGAGGACAUGUUGCAGGGCAAAGAGCUGCCCAUCAAUAUGGACUCUCUCCUGGCGCCCGAGGACGAGUACGGUCUUUCUGCAGAUGACAAGGCCGAGGCAGAGGCCCGUCUCAAGGGUUUCCAGAAGUCCAGCACGGCGCAGGUGCAGCAGCUCUUCGGGACAGCCGCCGAGCAUGCUGCCAAGUUCAGGGAGGAGCAGGAGAAACAGUUGGCAGGGCUGGCGGGCAAGAGGCGGCGUGUUGUCGAAGCUUGGGCUCAGCAUGCGGGAGACGCAGGUGAUACCACUGCGCGCGCCUCCCGGGCGAUGGAUCAGCUGCAGGUGAACCCGUUGUACCCCCAG